CACAGCUCCCAGAGCCACAUAUCUGACAUUUUACAACAAUCCUUUCCUACAGGGACCGUCCCCACCCCCUCUGCUCUUAUAGCACGGCACGGCUCGCCUCUCUGCCAGCCCCGGCCCUCCCUCCUCCAGGGCUGCCUGAGCCGGUGUUUGAUUGGAUUAGAGUCGGCUAGCCUUUGCCCUCUAACCCCGUUGAUGUUGGCUGGCUGCUUCCUGCUCCCUCCGCUCCCCCUUACCGACUGGCGAAGCCUGCCGAAGCCGCACGGCGGAGCGCCUUGCACGGACACAGCAGACCGGGGCGAGCCGCUGAGUUACAGCCACACCGGAGCCACGACGCACAUACGGGCAGGCGGACGACAAAAAACGACACAACCAUGCGGAGGAAAUCGAGGAUAUUGUUAUGUUUUGCGGUGCUGUGGGUGCUGGGAAUAGCCUACUACUUCUACUCGGGGACAGCGUUGAGUCGAAAGGGGACCGGAUCUUUGAUGUUCAGCCCCUCAGCUGUUGAGCCCCCUUCCUGGAGAUCUCAGGAUGAUUGGGGCUCCAGUGACUCAUCCAGUAGAAACAAAGCUCACAACUCUGACGACAAGGCUAACAGCCUGGAGACUCUGCCACCAGGUAAGGUACGCUGGCAGGAUUUUGACCAGGAUCUGUACGUUGGAGCCACGGUGGUUCGACCAGGUCAGGACCCGUACGCCAGGAACAAGUUCAACCAGGUGGAGAGCGACAAACUUCGUAUGGACCGAGCUGUGCCCGACACAAGACAUGACCAUUGCAGACACAAACAGUGGAAGUCAGACCUGCCAGCUUCCAGUGUGGUCAUCACCUUCCACAAUGAAGCUCGCUCUGCUCUGCUGCGGACUGUGGUCAGUGUCUUGAAAAAAAGUCCUCCUCACCUGGUCAGAGAGAUCAUUUUGGUUGAUGACUACAGUGAUAACCCGGAGGACGGAGCGCUGCUGGGGAAGAUUGAGAAAGUGCGCGUGUUGAGAAACGACCGCAGGGAAGGUCUGAUGCGUUCAAGGGUUCGCGGUGCAGAUGCUGCCACCGCGCCGGUCCUCACCUUCCUGGACUCCCACUGUGAAUGUAAUGACCACUGGCUAGAGCCGCUACUGGAGAGAGUGGCAGAGGAUAAGACCAGAGUAGUUUCUCCUAUAAUUGAUGUCAUCAACAUGGACAACUUCCAGUACGUAGGAGCCUCGGCUGAUCUGAAAGGAGGUUUUGACUGGAAUUUGGUGUUUAAAUGGGACUAUAUGACUCUGGACCAGAGACGAGCCAGACAAGGCAACCCCAUCGCCCCCAUAAAGACUCCUAUGAUAGCAGGAGGUUUAUUUGUCAUGGAUAAGGACUACUUUGAGCAGCUGGGGAAGUAUGACAUGAUGAUGGAUGUAUGGGGUGGAGAAAACCUGGAGAUCUCGUUUCGUGUGUGGCAGUGUGGUGGCAGUCUGGAGAUCAUCCCGUGCAGCAGAGUUGGCCAUGUCUUCAGAAAGCAACAUCCAUACACCUUCCCUGGGGGCAGCGGGACUGUGUUUGCAAGGAACACACGGAGAGCAGCAGAGGUGUGGAUGGAUGAGUAUAAAAACUUCUACUAUGCUGCUGUCCCCUCAGCGAGAAACGUCCCCUACGGAAAUAUCCAGAGUCGUAUGGAGAUGAAGAAGAGAUUAGGCUGUAAGCCGUUCAAAUGGUACCUGGAGAAUGUCUACCCUGAACUGCGGGUCCCAGAUCACCAGGAUAUAGCGUUUGGAGCGUUGCAGCAGGGGGGAAACUGUCUGGACACGCUGGGUCAUUUUGCUGAUGGGGUGGUGGGCGUCUAUGAAUGCCACAAUGCAGGGGGAAACCAGGUAGCGUUACCACGACGACUUAUACAGGAAUGGGCCCUGACCAAGGAUAAGUCAGUCAAACACAUGGACUUGUGUCUGACUGUGGUGGACAGAACAGCCGGCUCCCUCAUCAAACUACAAGGUUGUCGAGAGAACGACAGCAGACAGAAAUGGGAGCAGAUUGAGUCCAACUCAAAGCUUCGUCAUGUGGGCAGUAACCUCUGUCUGGACAGCCGCAGUGCCAGGAUGGGUGGACUCACUGUGGAGGUCUGCAGCCCCAGCCUCAACCAACAGUGGAAGUUCACCCUCAAUUUACAAUCAUAGGGGGCGCUGCAGACCCCGGGAAGAGUUGGACAAUGGAUAGAGACACCAACAGACUCUGAGACACGGUUAAGAAGAUGGAUGUAGACUCGAGGAGAAAGACAAACUUGACGGAUAAAUCGAUCCUUCUUGCUCCUCCUCCUCCUCCUCCUCCUCCUCAGUCAGAGGUGCAGCCAGUCAUGUCUAUACCCCUCUCCCCCACCUCACCCCUCCCUGAAAAAAAACAAAGAGCCACGCCCACUGGGGGAGGGGCUUGUAGACCAUAAUGGCGUUAACAGGAAACUGACUGUAUUUGGUGGCUGGAUGGUGAUGGUGAUGAUCAUGAUGAGGAUAAAAGCGAUGAAGAGGCUUUCCAUCCAAACUACAUACCUCAGUGUUUUUUCAUUGAUGGUUCCAGAGGCAAAUGAUGUGUGAAAUCUUUAUUUUUUCUCUCUUAUACUUUCUUUAAUGCUGGUGAAAUAGAACUCUUUGAUGUUUUUACUUUGUAAUUAUUUUAUUUUCUUAUUAAUAUUUUUUAUUUCUUACUGUUAAUUCUCUGUGGAAGUUUGCAGGAGCUUUUUUUUUGUUAUUGUUGUUGUUCUUGAAAGAAUCGGAUGUUGUCACAACUCUCCGUUGCUCUCUCAUUGUUGUUUUUCCACACUGAGCUAGAGCCUGCAAAGGCAGACGGAGGCUUCAGGUUGUGGUUUCUGUGAGGUUUGGUUGUUUAGAGUGUCGUAAACGGAAGAAAAGGACUCUAUUCCCCGAGCUUUUCCUCUCGUUUAAUCUCAUUGGUUUACAGGAUCAACAGAGAAGAGAGAGGAGGUGGAGAGAAAGAUGCUGUGUUCUGCUUGGUUUUUCUCUACAGUUUUUUUUUUUUUCCUACAAAUUGGGUCUGAAGUCUCUGCACUUGGGGAGGGGAAGGGGUUAAUAAGGAGGAGAUUCCCUGUUGGCGCUCGGGCCUGACUCCAGUUUGACCUGGGAAGCGGAGUUCCUGAGGAACUGCGGGAGUGUCUCGAAGCCCACCCUGAGGAUUGACUGUUUGUCUUCAGGCUGUAGCACUGGCUGCUGCAGCAUCCUCGCUUCCACACCAUUAUGUCUCUAAAGAAACAAUACACAGAAAGAAAAAAAAAAAAAAGAAAAAUUGAACCAAAUUUCAACAGGACUUGUUUAGUGUUUCAGGAAUACCAGAGGAGCGAGUAGAUGUAUUUUCUUUACUGGUUCAGUUCAUACAUCUUCUCUGUCUGUAUUGCCAUUAUAGGAGGGUUACUGUCUUAUAAUCACACCCAAACUGGAUUUUAGGAGUUUCAUGUUGCAGCUUCUUCUCUAUAGCUAACAGGUGUUGGCUGCAAACAGAUAAUCGUGACAUUUAUAAUAUCACCACCAUGAGAUGCCACAUCUUUUACAGUUCUGUUACCAUAAACAUGAGUGAGAUGGUUGUUUUCCCACUUUUUAACAUCCCUGCCUGCACUGGGCUGGCAGUAGAAGGACAAACGAGUGUUCAUAUGUGGCUAAUGUGAGGAAUAAUAAGGAGGAGCUGUAACAAAGUAAAACCUUGCUUAUUUCAGCUUGUGAACAGAUCAGAGAUUGACCGUUAUUAGCUUAUUGCAGACAGUAUGUAAUAAGUAGUAAAUAACAAGAGUUGUACAGAAAUGCCAAAAAAAGUUUUAGGUAAUUUAGAAACCGUUACCAUUAAUAUAUCAGACAGCAAUGACAAUGAUUGAUGCUGAAUUCAAUGAUGAAUUGAUUUUCAUGCUAUAAAAUGUACUGCUUGGUCUCAGUCACAAUUCUUUGAUUCUUUUAAAAACAAAAAAAUAUAUAAGAGAAUUGUAUGAAGAGAGUAUUUAAACUCUCAGAUAUUGAUAUCGGUAUCUGCCUCAAAAAUCAAGUAUUGGUUAGGAUGUAGAAUAGAUCUCAUGCAGAAAAGUCUCGUUUAAAAAGUCCUGACCAGUCAAACUGUAUGAAAUGUGCACGCACAUACAUACUGAAGAGUUUUUUCUAGCUGCAAGUAUCGCCAACAAGGUCCUGCAGUUUGACUCAGCCAGUGUUGUUUUGCAUCAACAUAUUUUCUUUGUUCAUUGUGCCUGUUAGACAAGCCAUCUGUUCAGAAGUUUUAAACUGCAAUAAACAAGGUUUUACAGUUUGUACUAUUUCUGCUUGACGUGCGCAGGCUUUUCUGACUACACAAGCAGGACUGUUCAGCUUUUGCUGAUACAAAGUACAAAUAUGAACACUUUUCUUGGGGUUAUUUUGGCGAACGACUUUUCUUCAGCGGAACAACACUCUCAUUUAUGUUUUGUAAUGUAUUCUUCAAACUGGAUGUCACCAAACAGCAUUGUGCCACUUCUUAGUUUCAUGUUACUUGAUAGUGUUACUGACACCAUUUACGGUACAUGUAUCUGUUUUCAAGUCUACUUGAUGCUUGUUGUGUAACUUAUACACCACCAGCCUCUCCUGGUCUUCAUCAUCAGUUCAUAUUCACUGCUAUUAUACACCGUUUCUGUUAGUCAUUGAUGAGUAAUGACAGUGGAGUUUGGGGAAAUUGAUUUUGAUUAAAUUUGAGGCGACUCAUCACUUGGCAGCUUUGAGGCAACUACAUUAACACGAACAUCUCUGAACAGAUAUACUGUGUUACAGAAAUUGCCUAAAAAUCACAUCCUCUAUUUUCUAGUUGACUCUAGAAAGAAUUUGCUGCCUCAAGUGUUCUUUAAUGUCAAAUAUUCCUUUUCUCCUCUCUCUCUCUCUCUCACAAACACACACUCACAUUCUUAUAAAUGUUCCAUAGAUUUUUUUUUUUUUACUUUUACUGAGCUAUCAAAUCUGACAAAGACAGCUGCUCAUGUUUGCUGUGCUGUCAGUUUUCUUGUUUUCUGCCAUUUUGUUCCUUUGAAUGCCUUGUCUUAUACAUUCAUCCAACUGUAAGCGAAGUGAAAUGAGUUGAGAAGGUCGGCUGAAACUGCAGCUGGUUGAAAAGCCUAUCCUGUGACUUGAUAGGUUGCUGCAUUGUGCUGCGAGGCACAGGACCCGCGGGUAUGAGGCCAGAGUGGGACUCGCCCGUAGGCGAGCGUAGAUGUGAGGAAAGUUGUGUGUUGCCAUGGUGACCAGACUCAAAGGCCCAAAUCUGAUUUAGGGUUCAAAUACUGGAAAAGGUGUUUUGAAAGUGCUCAAGAGAAUGAAAGUUCUUUUUAUUUGUCUUAAUUUCUAAAGAAUGUUGCAAAACAAUAAUUGUAAAUGUUGAUGAGUUGGUUGGAAUUUAAGUUGAUUGUGCAGCCAGUGUGACCUAACAGUCAAAUCACAGGUAGAGUACACAACACUAAAAGACAGACACUCAGUCCAUCAUUCUAGUGGACCAAGUGUGUGAAGAUGGCAGCCUCCUGAUUCACAUUUCCCCUGGACCGCUACACGAUGCAGCACACAUGUAACCCGAAUCCUUCAAACUGGCUGAAACAAAAGACAGUUUAAAAAUGAAAGCAAAAGGUGUAUUUUACAUGUGUGUGCAGGAAUGCUUCCAUCUUUUCACACAAGGAGAGUUAUUGUAUUAUCUGGGAUAGUUUGGGUGCAGGUAGUAUUGUUUUUAAUAGUUGUUCAUUCACAUCUCCCUCACUAGUACGAGAAGAAUCUGUCAUGUCUCAAUCUGGUCAUGGGCUAGAUAAAUAAAUACAGGACACUCAUAAGUUGGUGUCAUUUUACCGACUUCCAGUCGUGUGGUGUGACCACAACAACUCUAAAGUAUUUAUGUAAGUUCUAGGACGUCUUCAUUUUCGAAUUAAAUUUUCAUUCAAAGCAUCUGGUUCACCAAACAUGUCCGUAAAGGUUUGUAGUGGUGUGUAGCGCCCUCUACUGUUGCUUAUUUUGGUGGUAACAAUUAGAGAACCAGAAAAGGAAAGAAAAAAGGACUCAAGGUUGUAAACUUAUGAUGCACCCCACCAGAGUUUCAAACUUUUUUCUUUGCAUUCUCUUUGUGUUUGGUUCUUUCUUUUGUUUUAUAAACUGUUAAUUCAGCCCUGCUAAUGUGGCCGGGCUGGAAAAAAAAGCCUUUUUACGCCACAGAACAGGCUUUUGAACCAAACUGCACACACCUGAGUGACCAUGGCAACACUGUCUGCUACUAUGGUUCAGAUAUGUUGUUUAAAGCCUUUUCUUUUUGAACCAGUCUUAUUCUUGUGAAGAUGAAAAGUUUGCUAUUUUAUUUUCUAUUAUUUUUAUGUUAUACACAGAUGAUAAUGACUGUAAUAAUUAAGUAGUCCAGCACCUGAUUUUGAUUGGAUGAUUAAAUGUUUACAUCUUUAGCACAA